CAUGGCAGUGCAAUCUUAUAGCCCCAGUACCUGGGGUCACAAGUUCUAGGCCAGUCAGGGGUACAGAACAAGAUACUACCUCAAGAAAACAACACUCAGAUUUAAUUUGAUGUUAAAAGUGUAGGUUCAGAUUGCCCAAGGUACAGUUUAAUUAGUAUGAAUUCAUCACUCCUUUUACAUUCUAUCUGGCUACUUCACAUAGAAAAAAGGGAAAGAUGCACCUAAUUUUUAAAAUUUAGGGAAAUGCCUCAAUUUCAUUUCUCUAUUCCUUACUAACCAAGAUGAUUCAUGUAGAAUAUUUUCCUCCCUAUAACAUUUCCUCUUGAUUUCUCAGUAAUUUAUACAGCAUUUUUAAUAGUGACAAUUACUUAUAUGGGCUACUUAUGACUACUUCUGUUUCUAUUGUUUUAUAAUAUUUCAAGUAAGUGGUAUAUAUAUUGUUAUCUAAUGUUCUGUUUUGUUUUAAAGGUAGCCCAAUAGAAGCUGUCUUAACUGAAGAAAUAUAAUCAAUGAUUGUAAUUCACAUUAGAAGUAGAACCUGAAGAUAAAUUUUUCUUUAAGCAGUUGUAAUGGCAGAAAAAAGACAGCCUUAUAAUGUAGAAGAAGCAAUGGAGCAACUGAUAGGACCCGGUGGACAAAAAUGGGCCAGUAUGGACCCAGAAGAACGAAUGUUAGCUGCUGCUAAAGCUUUUACACAUAUCUGUGCAGGGCAGGGCGAAGGAGAUAUUAGGAGAGAAGCCCAGGCUAGCCAGUAUGAUCCCUACAGUAAAGCCUCAGUGACCCCAGGGAAGAGACCUACUCUGCCUGUGCAGCUGCACUGCCCACACAUCAGAAGCCGCGUCACUUCAUCAGCAUUUUCAGAGGCUUCCCAAAAAUGCAGAAAGCCAGUGAUGAAGAGAAAGGUUCUGCGCAGAAAGCCAGAUGGGGAAGUACUAGUGACAGAUGAGUCUGUUAUCAGUGAGUCCGAAUCUGGUACAGAAAGUGAUUUGGAUCUCUGGGACUUACGACACAAGCUGAUGAACCUACAAUUUCAAGAAGGCACAGAAUCCCCAAGUGAUGCUUCACAGAAACUUAACCUACCACAUGAAUAUCAAGUUAACCUACCACGUGAAUAUCAAGGAAUUUCUCAAGAAAACCAGCUCAUUUGCUAUCUGCGAAGAGAAGAAAUGGGCCCUCCUGUUUAUGAACAAGACUUGAUUGUUGCCAGCAGACCCAAAUCCUUUAUUCUCCCCAGGCUGGAUCAGUUAAGCCGAAACCGGGGUAAGAUAGACCGAGUAGCCAGAUAUUUUGAAUACAAAAGGGACUGGGAUUCAAUGCGGUUUCCUGGUGAAGAUCAUAGAAAGGAGCUACGCUGGAAUGUCCGAGGACAAAUGCUUUCCAGAACAGAACCCCAGUCCAAGCCUCAGCAUGUGUAUGUUCCAAACAGUUACCUAGUACCAACCGAGAAGAAAAGAUCUGCCCUUCGGUGGGGUGUCCGCUGUGACCUUGCAAAUGGUGUCAUGCCCAAGAAGCUUCCUUUCCCUCUUUCUCCUUCUUAAGUCUUUUUUACCUGUCUCCUUCCAUCAUAUUUAGGAUAACCUAGUUCUUUAUCUCUCUCCUUUUAAAUACAACUGACUUGAAAAGCCUGCAGAACACAGGGUAAGGACUUCAUUGAUCCUUCCUAUGUCACAUUGGGUACCAUACACCACUUAAAUUUCUAAACUGACAUUCUCAAAUGCAGAAAUUUGGGGAGUUGAGGGGAACUACCUGAAAUGUGAAUUUUGUCAAAGUAGUAAGUGCCAUUUUGAAAAGACUUGUAAACUGUGUUUUUU